AUGGGUCUUAAACCUAAUGCCAUGAAGAAUGUGGCUAUGGCGGCAGCUUCUGCUCUGUUUCUUCUAGGGUUUCUCGUCUCUUCCAUUUCUGCGUCUGUCUCCUACGAUAGCAGAGCCAUUACCAUCAAUGGCAAAAGAAGAAUCCUUAUCUCUGGAUCUAUUCAUUACCCAAGAAGCACUCCUGAGAUGUGGCCAGAUCUAAUAAGGAAAGCAAAAGAAGGAGGCUUAGAUGUGAUUCAGACUUAUGUGUUUUGGAAUGGUCACGAGCCUUCGCCUGGAAAAUAUUAUUUCGAAGGGAACUAUGAUUUGGUUAAAUUUGUCAAGUUGGUCCAACAGUCUGGACUCUAUCUUCAUCUAAGGAUUGGUCCUUAUGUCUGUGCAGAAUGGAACUUUGGUGGAUUUCCUGUUUGGCUUAAGUAUAUUCCAGGGAUUAGCUUCAGAACAGAUAAUGGUCCUUUCAAGGCUCAAAUGCAAAGAUUCACCACGAAGAUUGUUAACAUGAUGAAAGCAGAGAGGCUGUAUGAAUCCCAAGGCGGUCCUAUAAUCCUCUCUCAGAUUGAAAAUGAAUAUGGACCAAUGGAAUAUGAGAUCGGCGCACCGGGACGGUCUUACUCCAACUGGGCAGCUAAAAUGGCUGUGGGGCUAGGCACUGGUGUCCCUUGGGUCAUGUGCAAGCAAGACGAUGCUCCUGACCCCAUUAUUAACGCUUGCAAUGGCUUCUACUGCGAUUAUUUCUCUCCGAACAAGGCCUACAAACCCAAAAUGUGGACUGAAGCCUGGACUGGAUGGUUUACAAAGUUUGGAGGCCCAGUUCCUUAUCGUCCAGCUGAAGAUAUGGCCUUUUCCGUUGCAAGGUUUCUCCAGAAGGGUGGAUCUUUCAUCAAUUACUAUAUGUAUCAUGGUGGAACAAAUUUUGGCCGAACUGCUGGUGGCCCGUUUAUUGCAACCAGCUAUGACUAUGACGCUCCUCUUGACGAAUAUGGACUUGAAAGGCAGCCUAAGUGGGGGCACUUGAAAGAUUUGCAUAGAGCAAUAAAGCUAUGCGAGCCAGCAUUAGUAUCAGGAGAGCCCACGAGAAUGCCCCUUGGAAACUAUCAAGAGGCUCAUGUGUACAAAUCGAAGUCUGGGGAUUGUUCUGCAUUCUUAGCAAAUUACAAUCAAAAAUCUUACGCCAAAGUUUCUUUUGGGAGCAACCACUACAAUUUGCCUCCGUGGUCUAUUAGUAUUCUCCCAGACUGCAAAAACACAGUCUACAACACAGCCAGAGUUGGUGCUCAAACUUCAAGGAUGAAAAUGGUUCGGGUUCCUGUUCAUGGUGGAUUAUCUUGGCAAGCAUACAAUGAAGACCCAUCAACUUACGUUGAUGAGUCAUUCACAAUGGUCGGAUUAGUGGAGCAGAUCAACACUACACGAGACAGUUCGGAUUACCUGUGGUACAUGACUGAUGUUAAAGUUGACUCCAACGAAGGGUUUUUGAGGACUGGGGACUUGCCGACUCUUACCGUUCUAUCAGCUGGACAUGCUAUGCAUGUGUUCAUCAAUGGCCAAUUAUCUGGAUCUUCUUAUGGCAGCUUAGACUCUCCUAAGCUAACAUUUCGUAAAGGUGUGAAUCUAAGAGCUGGUUUCAACAAAAUUGCGAUACUAAGCAUCGCUGUUGGUCUCCCGAAUGUGGGUCCACAUUUUGAGACAUGGAAUGCUGGAGUUCUGGGUCCAGUUUCAUUGAACGGUCUCAGUGGGGGACGGAGAGAUCUGUCCUGGCAGAAAUGGACUUAUAAGGUUGGUCUCAAAGGAGAGAGUCUAAGUCUUCAUUCACUCAGUGGUAGCUCAUCGGUGGAGUGGGCAGAAGGUGCAUUUGUGGCACAAAAGCAGCCCCUUACUUGGUACAAGACGACAUUCUCUGCUCCAGCUGGAGAUUCUCCGUUGGCUGUAGACAUGGGAAGCAUGGGAAAAGGUCAGAUAUGGAUUAAUGGUCAGAGCUUGGGACGUCACUGGCCUGCAUAUAAAGCAGUUGGCUCUUGCAGCGAGUGUUCUUAUACCGGAACUUUCAACGAGAACAAGUGCUUAAGAAACUGUGGAGAGGCUUCUCAGAGAUGGUACCAUGUCCCAAGGUCGUGGCUGAAACCAAGUGGCAAUCUUUUGGUUGUGUUUGAGGAAUGGGGAGGAGAUCCAAACGGAAUCUCGUUGGUGAGAAGGGAAGUGGACACUGUUUGUGCGGAUAUCUAUGAAUGGCAAUCAACGCUGGUGAAUUACCAAUUGCAUGCUUCUGGAAAAGUUAACAAACCGCUGCACCCCAAAGUGCAUUUGCAAUGUGGGCCUGGACAGAAGAUCACCACCGUGAAGUUUGCUAGCUUUGGGACACCUGAAGGGACUUGUGGUAGCUACCGUCAAGGAAGCUGUCAUGCUCAUCACUCCUAUGAUGCUUUCAACAGACUUUGUGUUGGGCAGAACUGGUGUUCUGUAACAGUGGCACCAGCGAUGUUUGGUGGAGAUCCGUGCCCAAAUGUGAUGAAGAAACUGGCGGUGGAAGCCGUUUGCGCUUAA